GUAUAGUUGUAAGUAAAAAAAAAAGGUCAAAGACAAAGCUAUUCGGUUUCUUGUGAGUAUAUACACUUCACUGCCGAUGUGGGGGGGGGGCGCCACCUAAAAUCUUGCCUAGGGUGCCAGAUUGGUUAGGGCCGGGCCUGUAUAUGAGUAUGUGUUUUCUAUUGUUUCAUUGAAAAUAAAACAGCAAAGUCCAUUUGGCUGUCAUCUGUUUUAAUUAUGAGACACAAUUGUGUCAAAGUCAUGAUUUUUUUUUUCAUGCUUGAAAUAAGAAAUGAUUACUUUAAAAAAGUAGUUUUAUACUUGCGAGUGUUGAUGACACAACAGUUGAUAUUCUAGUUUCAAGCAUGUUUUACUCAAUAUAGGUCAUAACAUCUCAGCAACAAGCUGUAAUAUCUUACUGAGAUCAUUUAGGACCAAAACCCUUAAAACAAGUAAAACACUCUAACAUAAAAUCUGCUUAGUGAGAAUAAUCUUAUAAUCACCCUUAUUUGAGAUAUUUAAUCUUACUUAGAUUUCAGUUUUUGCAGUGUGCUACAUCUCUAAAUCAGUCUGAGGGUAUUUGGCCUGAAAAAGCAUUGAAAACCCUUAAACUAAAUAAUACAAUGUUAGAAUUUCCCUUGCCUCUAAUACUACGAGGACUGGUUUGCUGGUUUAACAGACCCCUCCCCCGCGACUAUGCAGCCUGAUUUGCAUCAUCACAGCUCGCAGCACCGUAGCAUGACAUCACACACUACAGUCUGACAACGCCACACACUCAUGUUAGCUCACGCCUGGCGGGCUCCACGCGUCACACUUUUUUCUCACUCACCAUCCUCUUUUCGCCCACCCCUCUUCUUCCCCUCCCACUCACGUUUUAGGCAGCGUGCGGUUGCAGAACAACAGCAUCAUGGAGGCGGGCUGCGUGGUUGCCGCGGUGAUCGAGAACGCCGCCUCAGGACCCCGGGGGGAACCAGGAAGUAGUCAUGUCCUUGAGGGGUGAGAGACGUGGCACCAUUCAGUCACUUGAACAAAGGCGAUGUCUUACCUCAAGCUACCAGCAGCAGUCCUGCAGAUGAGAGACAACCACAGGAGAUACAGGUAAGGAGCAAUGACAUCACAGAGCGUGCGGCCGAACCCCUACUGAGGUCCUGCGUCAGCACAGCGAGCAUGAAGGUCAAGAACGUGAAGAAGCUGACGUUCCCCAGAGGUCACUUUCCCCGCCUGGAAGACUGCGCCCAUUUCCACUAUGAGACUGUUGACUUUGGGAACGUUGAGCUGGCCUUUGCAGAGGGGCAAAGUGAAGGACCAAAGGCGGGACAGGACUCCAAAGAACUGCUCUUUCUUGUCCAGAUCACCUGCCAGGCGCGAAACUGGAUGGUGAAGAGAUCCUAUGAGGACUUCCGUGUGCUGGACAAGCAUCUGCACUUGUGCAUCUACGACCGCCGUUACUCACAACUCACCGAGCUGCCCAAAUACGACCCAGUGAGAGACACAGCUGAGUCAGUAACCAAGAUGUUGGCCACCUACUUGUCCCGCUUCUCAGCCAUCGCUGACAACAAGAUCAACUGUGGUCCAGUUUUAACAUGGAUGGAGAUCGACAACAAGGGCAACCAUCUUCUGGUGUCUGAGGAGGCGUCCAUCAAUGUCCCCGCAAUCGCUGCCGCCCACGUUACUAAACGCUACACAGCUCAAGCUACCGACGAGUUGACUUUCGAGGUGGGGGACAUUGUGUCCGUCAUCGACAUGCCUCCCAAAGAGGACACCGGCUGGUGGAGAGGGAAACAUGGCUUUCAGGUCGGUUUCUUCCCAUGUGACUGUGUCGAGCUGAUAAACGACAAGAUCCCUCCCAGCGUUGAAAGCUCAGUGCCCAAACCAGUGUGUAAGAAGCACGGAAAGCUAGUUACUUUCUUGAGGUCCUUUAUGAAGUCGAGACCGCCGCCGCAGAAGCUACGCCAGCGUGGAAUCCUCAGGGAGCGAGUGUUUGGCUGCGACCUGGGCGAACACCUCCACAACUCCCAGCACGAAGUCCCUCAAGUUGUUAAGAGCUGCGCUGAGUUCAUCGAAAAGCAUGGGGUUGUGGAUGGAAUCUACAGGCUGUCUGGGAUCUCGUCCAACAUCCAGAAACUCAGACACGAGUUUGACUCCGAGCAGAUUCCCGACCUGAGCCGAGAGGUCUUCAGACAGGACAUCCAUUCGGUGGGCUCCCUUUGCAAGCUGUACUUCCGAGAGCUCCCCAACCCUCUGCUCACCUACCAGCUGUACGACAAGUUCUCAGAGGCUGUGUCUGCACCCACGGAUGAAGAGAGACUGGUUAAAAUCCACAACGUCAUCCAGCAGCUGCCUCCUCCACAUUACAGGACGCUGGAGCACCUCAUGAGACAUCUCUCCCGCCUGGCCACUUUCAGCUCGGUCACCAACAUGCACACUAAAAAUCUGGCCAUCGUCUGGGCGCCAAACCUGCUCAGGUCCAAACAAAUCGAGUCGGCGUGUUUCAGCGGCACGGCGGCCUUUAUGGAGGUGCGCAUCCAGUCCGUUGUGGUAGAGUUCAUCCUCAACAACACCGAGGCGCUCUUCAGCUCCAAACUCAACGCCAUCAUACGGGAAAGCACCGGUAACAGCACCUUAUCGAGACCCAAGUCUCUGCUGGUCUGCUCCCCGUCCACAAAGUUACUGUCUCUGGAGGAGGCCCAAGCACGCAGUCAGGCCCAGCUGAACUCCCCUGCCACCACCCCGGGCCUCACCCACAGUGACUACAUAGAGGUGGGGGAAGGACCCGGAGCGCUGCUGGGCAAGUUCCAUACGGUCAUCGAGAUCCCGCUAGAAAGUGUCAAACGGGCUCCUUCUAAGACCAAGAAGUCUCCUGUGGGAAACUGGCUGUCCUUCUUCCACCUGGGCAAGUCCAACUCUGUGUCCAAGCGUAAACUAAAGCGACAUCCCAGUGAGCCCAACGAGAUAAAGAGCAUCGCACUGCCAGGCGGGAGAGGUGACAGCGGUACGUUGCGCUCCACUAAAAGUGAAGAAUCUCUCAACUCUUUGCACAAUAUGGAAGGAGAGCCUCCAAAGUACCACCACCUCCGCCCUCGUUCCACAAGUGAGGCCAUUUCUGCAUCGAAUAGAGAAGACUUGUGCACGAGCAUCAGAAAACUCCCUUUCAGUCCCAACGGUGAAGACGGCGUCCGCGCCACCGUUUCAACUCCGCACCAGGAGGACGACAUGGACCUCCGUCCGCCGGCUGCUGGCAUCUCCACCCUGGACUUUGACCCCAUGUCCUUCCAGUGCAGCCUGGCCUCGGCGACGCCUCAGCUUCAACGCGGCAAAGUGAGAAACAGCGCCGGGUGUUCCAGCGAAUCGGAUCCCGUCACCUCUCCGGACAACAUCAACAGUCCUCUGUCUCCAGAGCUUAGCCCUCCUUUUACCAAAGCGCUGACGUCUGACGGGAAGGACUCCCGAGCGCCUUACCGACAUUGCAACCCGCUCAGCGCGGCGAGCCAAACCUCAGCCAUGACGGAGUCUACACAGAACCUGCCCGAUCCAGGAACAGAUAGACUCAUGAGUUCAGUGUCUAUUCUCCCUCCUCACCCCUCCCCGACGAGCGCCGCACGCAAGUUGGCCUUGGCGCUGGCCGAGUCGGCGCAGAAGGCCAGCCGCGGCUCCCAGAGACAAAGAAGCCACCGGGCUCACCCCCUCCAGAGACAGGAAGCUCAGGACAGACCCCCUCGGCCCUCCGCCCUGGAUCUCAACGUCUACACGCAGCGGUGGAUGCCGGAGGACAGCUUCCGUGCCUUCCAAUUCCCGCCCGCACACGCCUACUCGCAGGACCGUUCGUGUAAUUUCACUCCUAAUGUCAGCCCGCUGGGGUCAGGGAGCCUGGAUGAGGGCAGUGCAGAGAGGAGGGGUUUUGAUGUCACACCAGAAGGACCCACCUACCACAGUGUGGGCGUGUCGACACCGACCGAGCCUGUCUGCUCCGCCCACAGCCCCAUAUACGCCAACACGGACACCAUCGAUGUCUUUAAUUUCCGCGCGGUCCUCGCCGAGACCGCCAUGCCCGCCUCGAUCGAGGAAGUCCUUCCACGGUCGUUCCAGUCCCCGUCAGCCCACCGCUAUAACUACAGAGCCCUCGGCCAGCUGGAUGACGUCUACCGCGAUCUGCAUCGUCAGCACGUUCAACCCGUUAAGAUGUUUAGGUACCCUCAGCCCGUCGCUUUGCCCCGUCACGUCUUGGGACCGAGACACGUGUACAGGCAGUCCUCAGGCUCAGGAGUCCCUCUCUCACCCCAGUACAGACGCUACCAGCGAGGUGAGCACCUUAUGGGUGCCAGACAGCGACCACAGAGCCCCUGGCAGAGGUCCGAUGACGGACUUGCCCCGCACCCCGCCAUCAGGAGGGCUCGCUCCUUCCACGCCCCGCAGAUCAAUCGCUACGAGUUAGCCGCCACUGACGUCAUGUUGCCCGGCGCCAUGUUUUUUUCCGAGCAGGAGGCGCCCUAUCAGAGGCCGCUUCACUUGGAGGAUGUGCUACCUAACAACCCCUACUCGGACCUGAGCCCUGGCGACGUCCCCCGUUAUCCUUUAGAUCCCUUCCAUUGCAGCAGUAUUCGCCAAAAUCAGCCUUACAGGACGCCCCCCGCGAAGGAAAGUGUCGGAUUCUACCACUACUCUCCUCGCCACGGCCGCCCCCAAGACAUGGGGGUGUAUGUGGAAAGGGUUGCCUGUCAGAAGCCGGUAAAUGAAAGUGGGCGUAAAAACACGUACUCGUCGCCAUCGCCCUACAACAGUCCCGUCUCUCCGGCGGACUCGACGGGAAGGGAGAUCAUGCACAUAAGGAGCAAGUCGGAUCCUGGAAACGGUAUGCUGUCCGCAGACAGACGGGAAAGCCAAACGGCUGUAAAGGCUACAUCGCCAGGGUCCCACGAAAUCGCCCGACCGUCGGCGAAGCCAGCACCGCCCCGGCGCGUCCUCAAAAGCAGCAACCCGCAGCAGGCGCCGCUUCGUAAAAUCCCGUCGCUUCCCGAGAGGAGCUUCGCUAAACUGGCGCAGCACGGCGACGGCAGCCAAACUCGCGUCCACAGGCCGGAUCAGCAACAGACGGCCGGCAGCGGCUACAGAGCGCCGACGAGAGCCGACGUCCUCAGGAGACCCGAGCGCUCGCACAGCACGAGAGAAAGUCGCCACCAUCACGCCAAAUCGCCGCAGGAUAGCGAACACGCCGGAUCCUUUUCCACCCAGCCCAACAGAAGGACUCAGAGCACUAAAGUCAGGCCCACACAAAGUGACCACAUGCUGGGGGGAUACCACGCCGCUCCCAGGCCUAAACCCACAAGAGCCAGUAAAGCCGGGCCGGGAUACUCGCCGGGACGGGACGAGGGACACAGACUGAUGUCCAAGGCUGUGGCUCAGGAAGCUUUUUAUCAUUCCGCAGUAAGAACUCAAGCUGGAGUCCGUGAGUGACGACUGUUUCUUUUAUUUUUUUUAAUGCCAGUCCACACUGGGGCCAAAGGAGAAGAGCACUUUAUCCUCUGCCAGACCAUCAGACUGUUUCACUCAAAGUCUUUAUUGUAAACCUUCAGGAGCUGCUAGGUCGUGUCACCUUCAACAAUGAUCCUUUCCUGUAAGGGAUCCAAAAAAAUAAUCACAAGGGAAUACAAGGUACACUUUUAUCAUUUUGGAUGUUUAAGUAUGCUUAAGAAUGUGUAUGGAGUAACUUUGAAAAGAUAGCACGGUGUGGGCCUGAUCUACUAAGACGUAUUAAAACGUGCAAACUUGAUAGCGUACGCAAAUCUACUAAACUGGUGGUCUUUUAAGUGAGUAAAAUAAGGAGCGCAAUCCAUUUAGCGUCUGUCCAUUUAGAAUAUAAUACUGGAAAAAAUACUUUUAUAAUCAUUUAGGCAAGGCAAGUUUAUGUAUAGAGCACAAUUCGUACACAAGGCAGUUCAAAAUGCUUUACAGAAAAUUACAAGAAGGCAAAAAUCAAAAUAAUAAAACAAUCAUAAUUCAAAUAAGUCAAAUAGGGUAUUUUAAAAUACUUUCAGUUGCCAUAUAUGAACAAUUAAAUCAGUGUUUUCAGCCUGGAUUUGAACAUUGCCAUCUUCUGGUGGACUAUUCCGGAUUUCCAGUGUGAUUUAGCAAGACUAAAAACUAGACAUGUCCGAUAAUAUCGGACUGCCGAUAUUAUCGGCCGAUAAACGCUUCAAAAUGUAUCCAUCCAUCCAUCCAUCUUCUUCCGCUUAUCCGAGGUCGGGUCGCGGGGGCAGCAGCCUAAGCAGGGAAGCCCAGACUUCCCUCUCCCCAGCCACUUCGUCCAGCUCUUCCUGUGGGACCCCGAGGCGUUCCCAGGCCAGCCGGGAGACAUAGUCUUCCCAACGUGUCCUGGGUCUUCCCCGCGGCCUCCUACCGGUCGGA